AUGGCGGAAUUUUGGGAGCAGCUGCUAAUUGCUGUGCCGGACGAAUUGCUGUGCCGGACCGUGGAUUCCUCUCGCCGCUGUCCCUCUGGAUGGCAGAAUUUCGGGAGCAGUUGUUUUUCCUUCUCUCGGGAAUCGCGGAGUUGGGGCGGAGCCCGCGACGCCUGCGCCAAAUUCGGGGCGCACCUGGUGGUGCUGAGCAGCGAGAAAGAGCAGGUUUUUGUGAUGGAGAAUCUGCAGGGCAACAAUUCCUAUUGGCUCGGGGUGAAAAUCCGGCACCGCGAGGGAAAUUGGGUCUGGGUCAACGGAGAAAAACCCAAUUUCGGAUUUUGGGACGUGUGGGAGAAGGACCCCGAGCGGUCCCAGAAGGAGUGCGGGGCCAUGAAACCCGGAGGGCGUUGGGUGAACGAGAAAUGCUCGAGGGAGCUGCGCUGGAUCUGCGAGAAACCCUGGGAUUGCUGA